CGUGUAGGCGGGGAGAGGUGUUGACUAGCAGGCUGUUCACCCAAUGAAAGGCGGAAGUCGCAAGGAGAGUAGAAGAGGUCGUGCGCGGCGGCAGAGCUUGUGUUAUGGCGGAGCCGGUGAGGAAGCGGGGCCCGCGGUCCCGAGGUGGCGGCGUUGGCCGAGGAGCUCGGGGGGCCCGGGGCGGCCGGGGCCGGCGUCCUCGCGGCGGCCAGCGAUCGCCAGCCCGACGCACUCUGGACUCUGUGCUUGUGGACUUGGUCAGCGACAGCGAUGAGGAUAUCCUGGAGAUCGUAACUGCGCGCGAUGCCGAGGACCGGGUUGAGGUUCCGCCCCCGGAGCCCCCAGUGCGGGCCGCUCCCCCGGACGACAGCGACAGCGACAGUGACAGUGAAGCAGGACCCCCGCGGGAACUGGUCAGGCGGCGGCGCCGGCUGGUGCUGGAUCCGGGGGAGGCACCGGUGGUUCCAGUGUACUCCGGGAAGGUGAAAAGCAGCCUCCACCUCAUCCCAGAUCACCUAUCCCUCCUGAAACUCUACCCCCCAGGGGCUGAAGAAGAGGUGGACGUGGCAGAUUCUAGCAGCCCCCACCCUGAGGAUCCCCCAUUUCCAGACUCUUCCUGGAAGAAGAAACUGAGGAGUAAGGAUGAAGUAGAAGAGAAGAAAAAGAAGGUGUUUCUGGAUCGAGACACCUGUCCGUUGCCCCCACCUCCGCCAAGGACCAAAAGCAGGAAGCAUACUCGAGCACUCCAGAAGUUAAGGGAGGUGAACAAGCGCCUCCAGGAUCUCCGUUCCUCCCUGAGCCCCAAGCAGCAGCAGGGCCAAGACCACCAGAGCCCAGAGGAUGAGGUGGUCCUAGUGGAGGGGCCCCUCCUCCCAGAAACUCCCCGACUCUUCCCGCUCAAAAUCCGGUGCCGGGCUGACCUGGUCAGAAUGCCUGUCAGAAUGGUCUCCUUUGCUUCUUGUCCCCAUCCCCAGUCGGAGCCCCUGCAAAGUGUGGUGGACCACAUGGCCGCCCAUCUCGGGGUGUCCCCAAGCAGGAUCCUCUUACUCUUUGGAGAGACAGAGCUGUCCCCCACGGCCACCCCCGGAACCCUAAAGCUUGGUGUGGCUGACAUCAUUGACUGUGUGGUGCUAGCAAGUUCUCCGGAGGCCACAGAGACAUCCCAACAGCUCCAGCUCCGGGUUCAGGGGAAGGAGAAACACCAGAUGCUGGAGGUCUCGCUGUCUCGAGACUCUCCUCUCAAGAUCCUCAUGUCCCACUAUGAGAAGGCCAUGGGACUGUCAGGACACAAGCUCUCCUUCUUCUUCGAUGGGACAAAGCUUUCAGGCAGGGAGCUGCCGGCUGAUCUGGGCAUGGAAUCUGGGGACCUCAUUGAGGUCUGGGGCUGAAACCCCACACCCCAUUUGGAGGCCCAGCCUGGACUUGGGGAGAACAUCUCAUGGGGCUGGCAGAAGUUCAGGUUGGAUGUAGCUUUCAGCUGAAGCAAAAUCAAGGAGUGACCUUUGACCCCCUCUCCUGCUGACCCUGGUUUCAAGCCGUUAAUUACUUGGUUAGUUGUGUGGUUGUUGUUGCUGCCCCGGGUGGCCUGUUGGUCUCAUUUGGGAGUUAGGAGUGAUGUUUGUUUGAGGCACAUACACUGGGUGGUUCCUUGGCUUGCAGGAAAAGAAAUGAUCAUACACCCACUGGCUUAAGCAUAAGCAGCUACUGGGAUGCUCUUUUGAAUGACAAAGGUACUGCAUUCUUAGACCUGGGUGUCUUCCUUGCCCCAAGGACCCCAAGAGCCAUCCUUUUAGUGUACUCUUCCUGGUGCGUGCAUUUAAAGCAUAGCUGAGCACAUUUAGUCAUUUUGUUUUGAUCUUGGGAAUAUGGUCCCAUGCAAGGAUUCUCUGGUUUUAUGGUUUUCUCUUUCUUCACAACAUUCUGUCUUUAAGCACUCAACCUAAUACAUUUAUUACUUAUCUUCAAAUAUGAAUGUAAAAUAUAAUAUUUUAUGUGUGAAUAUGUGCUUUUAAUGCACAUAGUGGUGUUGUGCAAUAGAACUUGUAUUGUUUUCCCUCAAUAUGUAUUAAGAUCUAGCCCUGUUGCCUAUUCUAGACAUGGGUGAUUGCUUUAAUCUGCCUCGUGGUACUCCACUGUGGCAUCGACUGCAUUUUACACACAUUGCCUUAAGUGGUGGACACCUGGGUGCUUCGAACUCCUUGGCACCAUAUACAAGGCCACGAUAAAUAUUCUUUUAUCUGUGAUUAUGUGAAAAAUUCUCUGGCAUAUAUUCCCAGGAUGGGCUUACAGGCCAUGUAGGUUAAUUUCUCUAUGGUUUUCCAAAUUUUUCUUUAGAAUAGUGAUUGACCCACUUAGGGCUUCCCACUUCUCCUAACUUUAUCACUAGCACUUGGCAUCACCCAACUUUCUAAUUUUUGCCAGUCUGAUGGGUAUAAAGGGGCACUGCGCUUUAAUGUACAUUCAUCUGAUCACCAUUAAUUUGUGGAAUUUUUUUCACCUGUCAGCCUUUCUAGUUUGUCUUUCUGUGACCUGCUCGUUUUCUCCUGGGGGCUUCCUGUCAUUUUGGUUUAUUCUCAGGAGUUGCUUGUAUAUUCCUGGGUAGUUGCAAAUAACUCUUAGAGUGGAAAUUUGUUUGUGUUAUCUGGGGCUGUCCUUCACCGAACAUAAAUUCUUAACUUUAAUGUAGAUGAUUUAACUGUUUUGUCUUAAAGUUUGUUGCUCUUUGAUUUCUUAUUUAAAAGUUGUUAAGGUACUUUGCAUCUUCUUCUGUUAGCUCAUUAGUUUUUCCUUCCUUUAGUGGAGGCCACUAAAUACGAGCUGAAGUCCAGCUAGUGCCCCAUGGAGUGGUGCGUUGGCUGCGUCUGCUCUCAGUGGUCAAAGACUCUCUGUUUGUUUGAGGCCAGGCUAUACUAGUUGCUAAACAUUGAACAUCACUUUUAAACUAUUUGGAAUGCACCUUUGUGAGACCUAUGUUAUAUUCUUUACCAUAUAAUGAGCCAGUUUUCUCAGUACUGUCUACUAAAAAAGCCAUUAAUUAAUCUUCCACGGAUAUGUGGUAUAAUUUUAGCAAUACUAUGUCAACUUGUUAAAAAAUGUUUUUUAUUGGAAUGUGGCAUUCCUUUGAAUCUUGUAACAUUUCAAUAAUCCAUGAUACGGCAUAGCUGUCCAUUGUUUCAGUUCUUUUGUAUCCAUUAGUAAGUUUGAACACAUUAACAUUAUGUAUUCAAUCUCAGCAGAAUAAAUGCAAAUACAUUCAA